AUGUUUACAUUGAAGGGUGAAGAUGUCAACAGGACACUUGAAGGUGGGAGGAAGCCUCUUCACUACGCAGCAGACUGUGGACAGCUUGAGAUUCUGGAAUUUCUGCUGUUGAAAGGAGCUGAUAUUAAUGCUCCAGACAAACAUAAUAUCACACCACUCCUAUCAGCAGUCUAUGAGGGCCAUGUUUCCUGUGUGAAAUUGCUUCUGUCAAAGGGUGCUGAUAAGACUGUGAAAGGCCCAGAUGGACUAACUGCCUUUGAAGCCACUGACAACCAGGCAAUCAAAACUCUUCUUCAGUGACGGAUGGACUGAUAUCUUAAAUGUCUCUCCUGUGGCCUCACACUGCUGCCUGUCUGUCACUCUUUGCAUCUUCCAGCUUCUUCAGCUAAAUACUUCGGGGGGAGGGAAAUUCUUUAUGAAUCAGACUAGUUAGGGGAUUGUAUCGAAGAUAAUCUGUUUGGAGAGGGUUGAAAACUAUUAUGAACAGUGUCCCUCUAGGACUUCUUUUCAGUGCACAAUCUCUUCCCAUUUCUAGUGAAAAUGGAAGAAGGAAGACAGACCAUGAUCUUGAAUUUUUUGCUUGUAAACCUCCUAGGUUCGUAUUAAGAUUUUUGUUGAAAGAUUCCUUUAGAUGGAAGUACUGUGCUACGUACCUGAAACUAAUUGUGAAGGAGACAAUAGUCCCAUGCUAUUAGUGUCUGCCAUAAUCUGAAGUGUAGUAAUAUAGGUGGCUGGAUUGCUUUUCUUUCUUCUCUCUCAGUGGAUAGCUUUCUUCUUCUUCUUCUGCCUAAAGCUUACGUUGCAGUUUUGAGGACUUUUGAUACCAGUUAUUGGAGCUGUUCUUUAUAUUGACUAAUUGGAUGUCACACUAAUGUUUUUCUGACUCUUGAGUAAACCGGGAAAGAUCAGUUGAGGCAUGGUGGUGUUACACUCCAGAAUAUCUGCCAAGGUACUUUUGGAUGCUUGAAUUUGAGGUUUUUGUUUCCCAUGUUUGUUCUAGUCCAGGAUAGAUGAUUUAUAGCAACCGGUUUUGACAGAGUUCAGAAUGUCACUGUAGUUAUUUCCAAAAGGAUUGUAAGAUGAAAUUUCUUUACUC